AUGGGGUCGCCUUUGCCCCCGGACCCAUAUCUGGCUCUGGGCGUCUCCAAGACUGCCACGACGGACCAGGUGAAGAAGACACACCGGAAACUCGUCCUGAAAUGCCAUCCGGACAAGGUCACGGAUCCUGCCGCCAAGCUGGCCGCAUCGGAUCAGUUCCACAAGAUUCAAACCGCCUACGAGAUCUUGGUCGAUGAGGAGAGGAGAGCGCGGUAUGAUGCGCAGGUUCGCUUGGCCGAGUUGAGGAAGGAGGCCAUGGAGCGGCAAGGGAGUGGAAAGCCUCGCAGUAGAGAGUCGCGGGCAGCGCCAUCACCUUACAAGAGCUCAUCAGAGUCGGUACCCAGAAGUGCCUACCCUGGACGUUCUUCCGAGGGACGCGCUCCCGAAGGACGUGCUUCCGAACGAGUCGCACCGCAGUACGAAGAGCGCCGGCCGUCGUUCGCUACAGAUUACUUCGAUCAACCGCCGAGAGCCACAGCGCGUAAGGAGCCGGAGUACCAGCGUAGUUGGAGACGAUCCACACACGACACGAAAGAGAAGACCAGGACCUCAACUCGCGAAAGCAAGGAGGCUCAGAAGGAGAAAGAAAGAGAAAAGCGGAGAGAGGCAGCGAGGAAAGCCGAGCAAGAAGCACGCAGAGAACGGGACAGGAAACACAACGCGACAUAUGCGGAGGAUGACUCCGACAGUGAUUCGGAUGAAUACACCCGCAGAUCAAGAAGAAUGCGCGAGGAGGACGAAGCACGCAGAGCAAAGGAAGCGUACCGCGAGCAGGCCUACAAACAGAAGCAGGAGGCGAGCAGUAACGGUGGCUACUUCGAUGAGCGGACUCGCAAAAUGUUCACCACGACUGCAGACGCUUGGGACUACAUUCGAUCAUCUCGUGGCCGGCAGAGGCCCGAGUCGGAACGGCGUCCGUCGCCAGUACGCAUGGGCUCGUCAAAAGACAAGACCGAGUACGUGGAACAACGCGGUGGACGACCAGCCGUGGUAAUGCGACGGGCUUCUCAGCGGCCCAAGACCGCCACCAGGGAUUCCGAGGACUCGAAGAAGGCUUCAUCCCGCGAGAGCAAUCGCAAAUCCAGUCCUGAAGCAAACGAGGAGCCGACUCGAAGACCGCCGACCUUGAAUCAAUCCAAGUCAUCACCGGCUGGUCUCCACAUCCCGCCGCCGUCGGAGAAGCCGCGUUCGCAAUCCCUCCAACACGAUACAGAUUCUGUGGCCGACAUUCCAAAGGUCAAGCGGUCGGAGACGAUGCCACAUGGCCCAGGCUCACGACGCACUGAGAAUGCCGCUCCUCCCAAGACCUCGAAUAGUAGGCCAACGGAGAUUGUGGAAGGCCUCGCAACUCCCGCAGCCACGCCCACCGAGCACAACGGUCCAGCUGAGCCAAACUCCACCAAGGUCAACUAUGGUCGGCAGUAUGCCGAUGACAGGGAAUACCCUACUCCUGAUGGAUACCGUACCGAGGCUCGAGAGCCCGCGAGUAGACCAAACUCCACCCGCAAGAGUACUCGGAGCCCUUCUCCCAUCAAGGAGGCUCGGGAGUCACGCGACCCUCGCGACAGCCGCGAAGACCGGCGUGAGAGGCCAGAGAAAGCGAGAGCCGCUUCUUCGCGGUACUCAGCGGCUCCGCAGCAACAACCGCCACCAAACUUGCGCAGCACGAGCUACGUGUACACGCCGGGGCAAGGCGUUGCUGAGGGCGGAUACGAAAGAUCACGACCCAGCAAUGGCCGUGGCGCAGACCCACGAGAUCCCCGAGGCUAUCCGGACAGGCUCUACGGCGAAGUUCGGGCAACAGGGUCACCCAGGCAGAGAUACAGCGCGUAUGAAGCUCUGGAGGAAGAUAACGUUCGUCAGCAACGGCCGGUCCGUCCUGAGAGCAUUCGGGCUGCCUCCGGCUACAGCAGCUACAAGCGUGGUGACCGACCGACUUUCAGUCGCAGCGGAAGCAGCAACCCGAUCUACACCAGCGCUCGCGCUUGA